AUGGUAGGUGGUUUGGACCCGCCGGGCCGCCGUCGUUUCCAGAAAGGGUUUGACUGGAGGAACCUCUGGAGCAACUGUUGGCUGGCUCCUCUGGCUGAUGGCAUGUUGAGAUUCAAGGGCCAGUGGCAGCGAGGGCAUCUGAUCCAGAGGGGAGCACUCUAGAGGCCAGGCCACCAGUACCAUGGGCCAGUGUGUCACCAAGUGCAAGAAUCCCUCAUCAACCCUGGGCAGCAAGAAUGGAGACCGUGACCCCAACAGCAAGUCUCACAACAGGCGAGGUGCAGGCCAUCGCGAGGAGCAGCCGCCAGCCUGUGGCAAGCCGGGCGGGGACAUCCUCGUCAAUGGGACCAAGAAGGCAGAGGCUGCCACUGAGGCCUGCCAGCUGCCGACGUCCUCGGGAGAUGCUGGGAGGGAGCCCAAGUCCAAUGCCGAGGAGUCUUCCUUGCAGAGGUUGGAAGAACUGUUCAGGCGCUACAAGGACGAGCGGGAGGAUGCCAUUUUGGAGGAAGGCAUGGAGCGCUUUUGCAAUGACCUAUGUGUUGACCCCACGGAAUUUCGAGUGCUGCUCUUGGCUUGGAAGUUCCAGGCUGCUACCAUGUGCAAGUUCACCAGGAAGGAGUUUUUUGAUGGCUGCAAAGCAAUAAGUGCAGACAGCAUUGAUGGGAUCUGUGCACGGUUCCCUAGCCUCUUAACAGAAGCCAGGCAAGAGGAUAAGUUCAAGGAUCUGUACCGGUUUACAUUUCAGUUUGGCCUGGACUCUGAAGAAGGGCAGCGGUCACUGCAUCGGGAAAUAGCCAUUGCCCUGUGGAGGCUAGUCUUUACCCAGAACAAUCCACCAGUGUUGGACCAGUGGCUACACUUCCUAACAGAGAACCCCUCGGGGAUCAAAGGCAUCUCCCGGGACACUUGGAACAUGUUCCUUAACUUCACUCAGGUGAUUGGCCCCGACCUCAGCAACUACAGCGAAGAUGAGGCCUGGCCGAGCCUCUUCGAUACCUUUGUGGAGUGGGAGAUGGAGCGGAGGAAGAGAGAAGGGGCUGGAGGAGGUGCACGCAGCUCAGGGCCCUUGGGCUUGUGUCCCCAGGAGCAGACUUAGUGCUCUGUGCCAGGGGCUGCGAGGGGCUGCGCUGCCCUGAGCCACCCAAGGAAUUGGACCUUUCUGGAAAUUACCGAAGAUCCGGAUAUUUUCUACUUUACACCUUUCUCUGCCUUGUAUCUGAAAGGGCUCUAAAAUGCUGUAUCAUGUUUUAGGCACUUUCUCCACUUUUUUGGUUAUUUUGGUUAUUUCUUUUGGGGGGGUCCCCCAAAGUAUUUGAACUUGGCUACAUGUUAUGUAUCUU